AUGGAUUUUUUGAAGAAAUUCACCGAUAACAAGGAGUCGGACAACAGCGGUGGGGAUCAUCGAAAGCAAGAUGAAGGAGGUUUGAUGGGAAUGAUCAAUGGCGCGAUGGGAGGGGGACAGAAAAGCGAGCACAAAGAAGAUUUGCUCGACAAAGCCGUUGACUUGGUUCAAGAACAUGUCUUCAAGCAGGGCAGCCAAAGCAACGAAUCCGCCAUUGAGCAGGCGAAGGACGAAGCUAUAUCAGAUGCGAUCAGAGACCAAUACAAGAAGAUGACUGGCAAGGAAUUCAUGAUCCCAGAUAAGUCUGAAUGA